CUCGCGCGCUUCGCGCUGCCGACGCUCGGCGCCUGGCUCGUGAGCCCGCUGAUGUCGCUCGUCGACACGGCCGUCGUCGGCCGCUCCGCCACGGCUUUAGAGCUCGCGGCGCUCGGCCCCGGCACGAUGGUCGGCGACUCGCUGGCCUACUUUUGCUCCUUCCUCUCCGUCGCGACGACGAACAUGAUCGCGACGGCGCGCGCGGAAGACGACGACCCCGCGCCCAUCUUCGGCACGGCCGUGCGACUGGCCGUGCUCUGCGGCCUCGCGAGCGCCGCGGCCCAGAUCGCGGGCGGCCGCUGGGUGCUCGCCAGGUACACGGCGGCCGAGAGCGCGGCCGUCGUCCAGCCGGCCUACGAGUACGUCCGCGCGCGGGCCUGCGGCGCGCCGUUCGCGCUGCUCAUCAAGGUGUCGAUCGCGAGUCGCUUGGCGGCGAAGGACGCGGCGACGCCGCUCGUCGCGGUCGCCGGCGCGGGCUUCCUGAACCUCGCGGGCGACCUGCUCUGCGUGCCCGCCUUCGGCGUCGCCGGCGCCGCCUGGGCGACGGUCGCCAGCGAGGCCGCGUGCGCGUGUUUCCUGCUCCGGCGCUCGCGGCUGCCCGGCGGCGCCGCGCGACGGUUGCUGCCGUCGCGCGCCGACGUCGCGCAGUUCGCCGUCUUCGCGAAGCCCCUGCUCGUGACGCUGGCGGGCAAGAUCGCGACCUACUCGUCGCUCGCGCACGUGGCGACGGCGGCGGGAGUCGCGUCGACGGCGGCGCACCGCGUGCUCAUGUGCGUCUACUGGCCCUUCGGCGAGGUCUUCUCGCAGGUCGGCCAGGCGUUCCUGCCCGGCGAGCGGCGCGGCGAGUGGCCGCUCGUGCGGCGCCUGCUGGCCGGCGGCGCCGUCGUCGGCGGCGCCUGCGCGGCGGCGAGCGCGGCGGUUCUACUUUACGCUCCGGGCCUCUUCACGGCCGACGCCGCGGUCGUAUCGCGGCUCCGCGUGCUCGCGGGGCCCGCGGCGCUUUGCGUCGCGUGCCUCGCGCCCAUGUGCGCCUUGGAGGGCGCGCUCCUC